CGCGCGUGUCGUCUGUUGCUGGAAAGUACUACAAUUGGUGUUUUUGACAUAGUUAAUAUUAAAGUUAAUGUUGACUCGGUAUCGAUAUUGUGGUGUUUUAAGUUUGUGUCACUACAAGAUAAAGCGGAAUCAUGUGGAUACUGACACCGCUGCAGCCUGGAGGCGAAACCCACUAUAUUUUCUCUGACAAAGAAUACGUGGUGGGGAGGAAGAACUGUGACAUUCUAAUUUCCAAUGACCAGUCCAUAAGCAGGGCUCACGCUGUCCUUAUGGCAACUGACCAGACACUAACGUUAAAGGACACUUCCAAGUACGGUACAUUUGUCAACAACUGCCGUGUGACAGAGAACACACAGGUGGAUCUGAAUGCAGGGGACAGUGUGACCUUUGGGGCUUUCAAUAGCAAAUUCAGCGUUCAGCGUCAGAAACCAGUGGUGUGUUCAUCAUGUGUGGACAAUGAAGGCAAAGUGUCACUGUCUCAGGCCUUGGUGUCUCUGGGUGGCAGGCUGGUCAACAGCUGGACUGAGGACUGCACCCACCUAGUCAUACCUACUCUUAAAGUCACCAUCAAGACUAUUUCUGCUCUGCUAUGCUGCCGUCCCAUCGUGAAGCCAGUGUUCUUCUCAGAGCUCAGCAAAGCUGUUCAGCAGAAAUUACCACCCCCUAAAGCCGAGAGUUUCAUUCCUGAGAUUGAUGAGCCCAGCUUGAGUAAGGAACACAUUAAAAUUGGAGCAGUUCCAGGGCGCAAACAGCUUUUCAGUGGGAAAACCUUUGUGUUCCUCACUGCCAGACAGCUGAAGCGCCUGAGUGCAGCGGUGGCGUUUGGAGGUGGAAAGAGUAACCUGCUCGAAGAAGGGUCGCUACCUCAUGACCUGCUGGAGUCUCCGCAGAGCUGCGUGGUCGAUAUCACAACCGGCAGCUCCCAGGCUCUUCUUUCUUCCUCUGUCACAGAGUGGGCGAACUCUGUGAAGAGCAUUACUCAAAGAAAAGGUCUUCGAGUUAUCGCAGAGUCUGAAAUCGGAUUGGCUGCCAUCUACGCUUCCUGUGACAAGUACUGCAAUCCUUCCAGUCCAAUAACAGAAUCAGAAUCUGUACAAGAUGUGAAGCCCAAAAUUCUAAGUGCUUCACUGUCCCAGAAUGCAGCAGUGGAUGAGACAGUGUUACCUACAACAUCUCACAACAUCACAGCAUACGUGGUGAACACACAGCAAUCACAAAGGACUGAGGUGCACAAGGUGACAGAGGUGACAACUGUAGCAGAGACUCCGGAAAAGAGUAACAACCAGAACACUGAUCAGCUCAAUGAGUCCAGGCGUGCAACCCAGACGAUGACCACAUCGUGCAUUGUUGAAGAGACAGUGAAUUCAUCAGUUAACAUCAUGGAGAGGACAGACUCCCAGACGAAGAAACAUGAGUCCAAACUGUCAGGCCGGGGGAGUGAUGAUGCCAAGUCACGUGCCUCUCAUCUCACAACUAAUGGAGAUGUGAAAACAUUCACACACAGACAGGCUCCACAGGAACAAAAAAACUCUGCACAAGGCUCCCCACAGAAACAGUCAUGUCUUACAGCUUUCUUUCAGCCAGUCAGCAAGAAGAGGUCUUUGGAAGAUGAGCUUGCUGCUGUUACAUCAGAACCAAAACGAGGCCUGCUGGCAUCUUCGAUCGCCAAACAAUCAACAAAAUCUUCAGCCACCUUUGAUGAAGCACCAUCACAGCCAAGCACAGUCCCUGCAACCACAUCCCAGAAUCCACUGGGUUCAGGAGCUGAUCUCUUCAUGAGAAAAUCUGACAGUGUCUCCAAGGAAGAGUCAAGAGGGAAAAAAAGAAAACAGGUGGAAGCAGAGAUAACCAUGAAAGAACUGGAAUCCAUUAUGUCUGAGGAUAUGGACUGUUUUGAUGAGCAGAUGCCAGACAGUCAGCAUGUAAACACACCAGCACAUGGCUCAACUAAUCAGACACGCACCUUAAAUACUGAGGAUUCUACAUCUGUAUCAAAGAGGCAAAGAGUGUUCCUACAAGAAAAUGUCAAAACCAACCAAAAAUCCAGUGGGGACCUGGAAGAAAAUGCAAACUCGAGUACACACCACAGCCAUAAAUUUGAAGCGCGCCCAACAGAUCAGAAAGUACCUAAUCAUGAGUCUCGCAAAGCACUGGAUGAUGUGCCAGCUGCCAACACACAUCAGGAGAUGCAGAUUUGUAAAGAAGAUGAGGCGCCCUUCAUUAAGGAUUCUGAGCUGCUUGAAGCAGACAUUUGGCAGUCUAAAGAAGUGACUGAGACCACUGUGAAACCUGUUACAGGCAAACAGGAGACUACAGAAUGUUCGAUGGAAGGAGGCCUUCCUAAAAACGUGGUGUUGGUCGAGUUUAGAUCUCUUACUGUCACAGCGCCUUCCAAAGCCAGACCACAGCAGACGCAGAGCAGCGGCUUCUCAAAGAACUUCAAAUGCUUCCGCAAGAGCAGAGUACCGGGAUCAGAUGGCUCACCCCAAAUUAUUGGUGGCUCUGACCUCCUGGCACACAACAGGGGCAAAAACACAGAUCUGGAUGAAUGGCUAAAAGACGCAGCUGAGGAGGAGCAUCAAAGCAAACGGGAGGAGACUGAAGGAGAUUAUCUCUUCAGGUAUAAUCCCACUAAACUAAGCAAGAGAAGAUGAAACCUUGAAGCCCUGCAGAAGUAUGUCUAACUCCACUUUAUCUGUAUUCAUCUGAAAUGAUGAGAAAAUUUAACAUUUGCUAAUGUUUUAUUUUGCUGUUCCAGCAUGUGUCAUGUUCUUUUCUGUCUCUAAAAAAUUAUGCCUCUGACAGCAAGGAAUGUAAGCAAACACUCUCAUGUUCCAAGAAGUUUUUAUUUCUCAAUAAUAAUAAUAAAAUUACAGUAUAUAAAAUGUUUCCAACUGUAAUUGUACAAGUUUGUGGCAUUAAAAGGCUAUAAGUUCAAAGCAGCUGUUGUUUUGGUGAAAUUGUGACCAAAUGUGUUCCUACGGUUUAGGUUCACCAGAAAGUGGCCGACCCC